AUGAGCGAGGGACGCCUGCAGCACUUGCUGCAGCCCAUCCGCAAGAACUGGAACAUCGACCUGGCCUCGGAGCUCGAGGAGUACAUGGACAAGCUCGAGCACCUGAGCAUCGCGUUCGACCCGGAGGACGGCGCCAGCAUCGCGCGCGAAGGCGACGGCCCCGGCGUCAUGAACUUCGCCGAGGCGGCGCUGCUGAUCCAGGGCACGAGCGUCAUCUACAGCCGCAAGGUCGAGUACCUGCACGCGCUCGUGUACCAGACGCUGGCGCAUCUGUCCAAGCAGCAGGACGACAAGCAGAGCCACAAGCAGCAGAGCGACGAGAACGGGGAGCCAAUGGAGGACGGGGACGACGACGGAGAUGCCGGCGCCAGCGUCUUCAAGAACCCGCUGCCGCUCUAUGACGAGCUGGAGGAGGCCAAGCCGACUCAUAUUACUCUUAAGAAGGUUAAACAGGAGGACGAGGAGACGGAGAGUGACAGACGCAGGAAGAGGAAGGAGGCCAAUGCGCUCAACCGGAGCAAGAACAACAUCCAGGCGUCUAUUGCGCUCAUGGGAUCGCUCGUGCCCGAUGAACGCGACCACGGAGAGACGUUCAAGCUGCUGUCGUGCAAUUUACACGCGAGUGGAGUUUUGUUGUUGGAUGAGGCGAGUAAGAAGUAUCUCGGAGCGAAGCAGAGGGCGGCGGGGGACCAGUCGCUAGUGUUUGGAGAGACGCCUGGAAGACAGGGAGGUAUGUGGGUCGCUGGGGAUGGAGAAAACCCGUCCAUGGCGCUGAACUUUGACGAUAUGGAUGCGGACGAGGAUGAGGACACGAACGACAACGCGUUUGAUAAGCAGCCGGAUUAUGAGUUUGAUGGCGGAGAGCCUAUGCAGGACGAUCCGAUGGAUGACGCUGCGAAUGGCGAGCAGCAGGAAGAGACUCCUGCUGAAGAACCGCCUCGUUCUGCUACGCGUUCGACGACGGCGUUACCAGCAGGUGAAAAGGAUCCGUGGGCACCGCUGGAUGCGUAUGAUGCCAGUACGUCGGUGGCUCGGCCAUUCAAGAAGGGGCGGUCGUAUCCGCGCGUGCCGGCGUACAAGAAAAAGAAGGCAGGCCAGGCUGCUCUCAGCAACAAGGAGGGUGCCGUGGGGAUUGAUGAUGACGCCGAGCAGGACGGUCUCUCCGACCCUGCGUUCCAGGACCGCUUCUUCAUGGGCUCGAAUGGACCGCAGUGGGCAUCGUGGGUCUGGACGGAGACAGGAAGCGAAAACCCGCUCGAGAAAACCUGCAAGCGCGCGUUCUGUAGGGCGUCGCUGCUUGUCAAGACUUGCGAUGCACUCUGGCAACGUGAAGCUAAAUGGCGUAGCAUCAUGCGUCGCUGUGAAGCUCGUGAGAAGCAGAGUGCCCAAGCAAUGUUGCUGCGUGAACAGGCCAUGGAGGAGGAGGAAGCGGAUGGAAACGACCAGAUGCAGGCACUGACACUAUCUACUGCCACGGCAAGGCUUGACAUGGCUGACGGUGGGCCGCUUACUUACGAAGAGAUCUGCAGGCAGCACUUGGCUUCCUUCAUGUCUGGUACCGAGAAGUACGUGCGCGAGACGGACCUGAGCAAGCAGGUCAGCGACUGGCAGGAGAAGCUGACCCCUCUGCUCAAGCAGCAAGAUGCCCACCCGCCGUUCGAUAUCCACCUCUACGGUCGUGAGAUCAUCGAGCGUCUUGCGGAGGAGAAGAAGAACAGCAGCCUCGAUAAGCGCAGCAAAUCCACGAAGCGGGACAAGAACAAGCGCGCUAGAGUGGAGCCUGUUUCGGACGAUGAAGAGAAGAAGAAGGAAGCAGUGCCGUUUGAGACGCUGGUGGUGGGCAAGAGUCAAUUCGAAGUCUGUCGGCUUUUCCUAGCCUCGCUGCAGCUCGCUAACACCGGCAAUGUGGCGCUUUCUCACGCACAUACUACAGCAGACCACGGACGCGUGCCAUUCAAGAUGGAGUUACUUAGUACCGCCAACGCCUACGAAACAUUGCAAGCUUGA